AAUGAUCGCUUGCACAAGACCUACAUCCGGUUCGUGUGGUAUGCCUAAAUGCAUGCAGUCCAAAGGGCAUUUGCAGAAACGGACAAUUAAAUGACUAUGCUCUGAGGUGACCACCAGGGUGUUGCCUUAUCCAACCUGAAGAUGACCAGUCAUUUGCGGGGUGAAGUUAUCCAAUUAUAUAAAAACUUGCUGUAUCUUGGACGGGAGUACCCAAAAGGCGCAGAGUACUUCAGGUUGCGCCUUAGAGCAGCAUUUGAGAAGAACAAGGAUGUUCAAGACCCAGAGAAAAUCAAAGAACUCAUCGGACGCGGGCAGUUCGUGGUAAAAGAACUGGAAGCUUUGUACUACCUUAGGAAGUAUCGCGCAAUGAAAAAACGCUAUUAUGAGGAUGGGGAAUCAUAGACCACACAUUGGACCCUCACACACACAGGGUUCCAGAUGUUCAAACGCUGUCAUAGUUUCCUUGAAGACCUUACAGAACACAGUUAUUUGAGACCAAGUUAUACAACUUUAGUUCUGUGGACAAAAUGUUUCUCAUUAACUGCAUUGCCCACAGACACACCUUUUGUCAUGUUUUUAUGCCACUGUCGUUGUAAGCUGCUGUUCAACCCAAAAGAUAGAUAAUAGAUCAAGAUGUAACUUUUAAAAAUCUAAAACAAAUAAACAUUUCUUUAAUAAACAA